UUCUUACCCUAUUUUUAUAAGUAUCUAAGACAUAUAUAGAUAAUUUUACAAUGAGAAUCACUCAAGUGCCAGGCUGAAAAUUUGGUUGUGUAAUACUUUAAUGGCUUGAUUUAAAUAUUGCAUUUACCUUGAUAAUUCAGAGAAGGCUCUCAAUGUGUGUGUGUGUGUGUGUGUGUGUGUGUAUUUGUUGAGGCAUGAACCUAAAGCUGCUUACAAGGAUUAAUGUUGCAUCUCAAACUCAGCUGUACUGGUAGGCCUCUGUCAUGACAGAGAUAUUAAAAAUGAAAUUAUAAAGGAAAGGGUCUGUCCAGGUUCUGAUCAUAUACAGAUGGAAAAUGGCUGAAAAAUUUGUUUUCCUUCCACAGCAGAGCUGUAAAAGUUAUUUAUCUCAAUUAGGAGAGCAGUGGUUAGAGACUAUGAGGAUUAACUGUAGGCAUUUGCCACCCUCUUUGUUAGCAAGCACAUCUGUCCACGAGAGAGCCCAGGGAAUAUGAUUGUAUAAAUAUGGCAGUGUUUUCAUUCUGCUGACAUUAUACGCAUCUUUAAGACACCUUUUACAGCUGGUAUUUUAUAGAUAUGCUUCUAUUGACUCUUUCAGUUUUUCCCAGUGUAUUAUCUUCCUCCUUUGUCAUAGAUACAGAUGACAGAUAUAUUUUGAAUAUCCUUAUUUUGCUAAGUAUUUACAUAACAUGUGCAUGGGUCCUGACUAUGCUUGUCCUGCUCCACACUGCCUUUCCUACCUGUGACUGCCUAUUUAAGGAACAGUAGCUAUCCUUGAUCUAUUUUUAGCUCAAUCUUAGUUGUAGACUCAAUUUAUUUUAUAAAAAACUCCAUCCUUGAAAAGAUUGUAAAGUCUCUUUGUCAGGUGUGUGAAGAAAGUCAUUAAAGGUUUAGCAUUUCAAAACUAAUAAAUCAAAUGAUCAGACGUCAAAGAUAUAUCCAAGCCUUAGCUCUAAUGACUCAGAAAAUAUUAACUCUCAUUAGAAAGCAAAAAUGACUUAUGAUUGAUCAAUUUCAUCAGGGGAUUCUGUUUCUCUCUCUGAUAUCACUGGUUUGAAAGUUCAAUAUUUUUGGUCUCACUUCCUUAUUGUAUGAUUCCAUCUCAAAAUGUGAAAAACAGAAUUUUUACCCAUCAAUUUUAGGGAAAUUAUUUCUUCUCAUCCUUUUAUAUGCAUCAUUCUACUAAUUCUAUUAAUUCAAUUUUAACCACAACAUGAUUUUGACAAACAGAAAUAAUGAAAACCUUUAGAAUUAUAGCAAUAUUAAUGUAAGCUAUGUUUCUGCUGAAUAGUUCUUCAAAAAACUAAGUAGGAGUUCUCAUGUAUUUAUUUGUUAGAUUCUGUGGCACAUUUCUAACAAAUGGUACAGGGUGUAAUGUGGAGAACUUUGCACAGGGGUUGUCUAAGAUUGUCAAAAGGAAAUUAAAGGAAAGCAGUACUUGUGAGAGCACAGAGCAAAAGAAAUAGCUAAUGGCAAAACCAAUCCCUGGGUGGCAGCCAGGCACGCCAAAGGAGGUAGAAAGAGCUGAGCUUCCCCAAGGGUGCCAUUGUUGGCUUUUCAGAACACCGAAUGAUUUUACCACAAUCUGUGUCCCUAGCGAGCACUAAAGAUCUCUGUUCAGUACUUGCAUGAAUACCAACAAUCAGAAUCAUAGACUCAUCGUCAGGAAGAGAUGUUAAAGCUCAGCUAUCCAAUUGUUUUAAUUUUCCAUUGAGGCAAAUUUUGCCCACAGACAACAAGGAAACAAAUUAGAAGCAAAGUCAGGUUCAGAAAACAUUCAUUCUUUCAAUAAUCAUCCAUUGAAUGCAUUGUGUUAAGUAUUGUACUAAGUAUAAGAGUUACCUUAAUGAAUAACAUGAACAUGGAUUUUGAUUAUCCAUUUCCUGUCAUACAACCUGCCUUUAAUUACCUAUGAGGCUAUCCAAUAUUCUUUACAAUAUAAAUUUUAAAUUGACUCCAGACUCAACCCCAUUGUGCAAUAGAUCUGAUGUGACUUGUUGAGAGAAGGAGUUCUUUUCCCAGUGUCUUCAAGUGUAUUGAUGUUCACAGGGCCCGUCUAUCAGUUCAUCUGGAACACUAACUUGAUUGAAUUUAGUUUAUGUGUCACUGAAAGGCAAGUUUUCCAUGCCAACAUGGGUAAUUGGUUUUCAUUCUCCAGUAGAGUUGGCAAAGGGCUUAAACAUCUCUCAUUGGAGAAAACAUCUAUCUCUCAAAAUUGACUUUAUCUUAAAGUUGCUCAAAUAAUAGUCUAAACUCUGAUAAGGUGGUUGAUAUUGGGGUGUCUAUUAUUAGUAACAAAAGUGAAAAACCGAAAGAGGCUAGUUUAGGAGCUGCCAGAAAUCUCCCUGCCUAAAGGUGAUAUUGUGGUCAUGAGUUUAACACUGGGUGUCACUGCGAGAAAACCUGGGAUUAGCAAAAGAAAAAGAAAAACCAAAAAUGAUGGGCUGUUCUCCAUGGAAAUCUUCAGUAAAAGACAAAAGAUUUAUAUUGAUCUCUAUUUUAGUUUAAAGGUAGACUUAAACCCCUCUCCACCCCUAGUCCCUGUGCUGAAAACACAUGCUAAAAAGAGGCCUCCGUUCUUUUAGAGGUAGAAUACACGACUUUGAAAACUAAGUGCUUGGACUCAGACAUAGGGAAGGGAUACUUCAUCCUGCCACUUCGGCCAGUGUAUAAAGAAAUGGUAUUUUUCUAACUGGCUGUUUAUAAGGCUGCUUGGAAGGGAGACACGACUUUCCCUGGACCAAAUGGAGUUGAGAAGUGGGCAAGGGAAGUGUGCUUGUGUUUCCAGCCACCCUAACAGUCAAGAGUUGUCUUGCGGAUCUAAGCGGGAUGUAGGCUCCAGGGACACCUGUUUGUGCCUGCAGAGCCAGAUCCAGAGCCCUGCCUCUCCCCCGUGCCUUGGCAGCUCCUGUAUUGGCUGAUUUACCUGCGAGGCUGAGUGUAGAUCUGUCUUUACGCGGCCACCGCCGCCAGCACGUACUGUCAAGACAGAGGGAAGCCAAGCGAGGAGUGCAACUGCCGGAGCCAAGAGCGGGAGGUGAGCCGCCUUCCGGACGAGUUGACUGCGGCUUCUUUUCCUCCUGACACACAUGGAGUUUGGUGGCGACAGUGCCGUAGACCGGCAGACAGAUACUUAGCCAACUGGAUGUGUAUAAGCUGGCUGUAAAGGCAGCGGCCGCCUCACCCGGACCUCCUGCUGGCAGGAUGUAAAUAUACCUGCAGACUGGCCAAACAGGACUGCCUUUUCCCCCCAACCCCUCCCUCCUCCCACCCUCUCCCUCAGCUAACCAGCAUGAGAGGAACUGAGAAAGCAACAGCCUGCAAGUGACAGCUCCAGCCUGAUUCCGUUCGUCUCUGAGCCGAGGUGGGAAGUUGAUUGUGCAGCAGCUUCAUUGUGAAUUCCUUUCACUGGCAUCGCUAUGUUUGCCUCUAUCUGGUAUGCCAAGAAGCUGGGUCGCAGGUUCGUGCACAAUGCCAGGAAGGCGAAAUCAGAGAAGGCCAGCCCUGCUCCUAUAAUUGUCAACACAGAUACUUUGGACACGAUUCCUUAUGUCAAUGGGACAGAAAUUGAAUAUGAAUUUGAAGAGAUUACAUUGGAGAGGGGAAAUUCUGGUCUGGGAUUCAGUAUUGCUGGAGGGACAGAUAAUCCCCACAUUGGAGAUGACCCUGGCAUAUUUAUUACGAAGAUUAUACCAGGAGGUGCUGCAGCGGAAGAUGGCAGACUCAGGGUCAAUGAUUGUAUCUUGCGGGUGAAUGAGGUCGAUGUGUCCGAGGUUUCCCACAGUAAAGCAGUGGAAGCCCUCAAAGAGGCGGGAUCUAUCGUCCGGCUGUAUGUGCGUAGAAGACGACCUAUUUUGGAGACCGUUGUGGAAAUCAAGUUGUUCAAAGGGCCAAAAGGUUUAGGCUUCUCUAUUGCAGGAGGUGUGGGGAACCAACACAUACCUGGAGACAACAGCAUUUAUGUAACUAAAAUUAUAGAUGGAGGAGCUGCACAAAAAGAUGGAAGGUUGCAAGUAGGAGACAGACUACUAAUGGUAAACAACUACAGUUUAGAAGAAGUAACACAUGAAGAGGCAGUAGCAAUAUUGAAGAAUACAUCAGAUGUAGUUUAUCUAAAAGUUGGCAAACCCACCACAAUUUACAUGACUGAUCCUUAUGGUCCACCUGAUAUUACUCACUCUUAUUCUCCACCAAUGGAAAACCAUCUACUCUCUGGCAACAACGGCACUUUAGAAUACAAAACCUCCCUGCCACCCAUCUCUCCAGGAAGGUACUCGCCAAUUCCAAAGCACAUGCUUGUUGAAGAUGACUACACCAGGCCUCCGGAACCUGUUUACAGCACUGUGAACAAACUGUGUGAUAAGCCUGCUUCUCCCAGGCACUAUUCCCCUGUUGAGUGUGACAAAAGCUUCCUCCUCUCAACUCCCUAUCCCCACUACCACCUAGGCCUGCUCCCUGACUCUGAGAUGACCAGUCAUUCCCAACACAGCACUGCAACCCGUCAGCCUUCAGUGACUCUCCAAAGGGCCAUCUCCCUGGAAGGAGAGCCCCGGAAGGUGGUCCUGCACAAAGGUUCCACUGGCCUGGGCUUCAACAUUGUGGGUGGGGAAGAUGGAGAAGGUAUUUUUGUAUCUUUCAUCCUGGCUGGUGGACCAGCAGACCUGAGUGGGGAGCUUCAGAGAGGAGAUCAGAUUCUUUCGGUGAAUGGCAUUGACCUUCGUGGAGCAUCCCAUGAACAGGCAGCUGCUGCACUAAAGGGAGCUGGGCAGACGGUGACAAUUAUAGCACAAUAUCAACCUGAAGAUUACGCUCGAUUUGAGGCCAAAAUCCAUGACCUACGAGAGCAGAUGAUGAACCACAGCAUGAGCUCCGGGUCCGGGUCCCUGCGAACAAAUCAGAAACGCUCCCUCUAUGUCAGAGCCAUGUUUGACUAUGACAAGAGCAAGGACAGUGGGCUGCCGAGCCAAGGACUGAGUUUUAAAUAUGGAGAUAUUCUCCAUGUUAUCAACGCCUCCGAUGACGAGUGGUGGCAAGCCAGGAGAGUCACGCUGGAGGGAGACAGCGAGGAGAUGGGCGUCAUCCCCAGCAAGAGAAGGGUGGAAAGAAAGGAGCGUGCCCGAUUGAAGACAGUGAAGUUUAAUGCAAAACCUGGAGUGAUUGAUUCAAAAGGGUCAUUCAAUGACAAGCGUAAAAAGAGCUUCAUCUUUUCACGAAAAUUCCCAUUCUACAAGAACAAGGAGCAGAGUGAGCAGGAAACCAGUGAUCCUGAACAACAUGUUUCUUCUAAUGCCAGCGAUAGCGAAAGUAGCUACCGAGGACAAGAAGACUUCAUUCUUUCCUAUGAGCCUGUCACAAGGCAGGAAAUAAACUAUACGAGGCCAGUGAUUAUCCUGGGCCCCAUGAAGGAUCGGAUCAAUGAUGACUUGAUAUCUGAAUUCCCAGAUAAAUUUGGCUCCUGCGUGCCACAUACCACAAGGCCAAAGCGUGACUAUGAGGUGGAUGGCAGAGACUAUCACUUCGUCAUUUCCAGAGAACAAAUGGAGAAAGACAUCCAAGAGCACAAGUUUAUAGAAGCUGGCCAGUACAAUGACAAUUUAUAUGGAACCAGUGUGCAAUCUGUGAGAUUUGUAGCAGAAAGGGGCAAACACUGUAUACUUGAUGUAUCAGGAAAUGCUAUCAAGCGGCUACAAGUUGCCCAGCUUUAUCCCAUUGCCAUCUUCAUUAAGCCCAAGUCUCUGGAACCUCUGAUGGAAAUGAAUAAGCGUCUAACAGAGGAACAAGCCAAGAAAACCUAUGAUCGAGCAAUUAAGCUAGAACAAGAAUUUGGAGAAUAUUUUACAGCUAUUGUCCAAGGAGACACCUUAGAAGAUAUUUAUAACCAAUGCAAGCUUGUUAUUGAAGAGCAAUCUGGGCCUUUCAUCUGGAUUCCCUCAAAGGAGAAGUUAUAAAUUAGCUACUGCGCCUCUGACAACGACAGAAGAGCAUUUAGGAGAACAAAAUAUAUAUAAUAUUACUACUUGGAGGCUUUUAUGUUUUUGUUGCAUUUAUGUUUUUGCAGUCAAUGUGAAUUCUUAUGAAUGUACAACACAAACUGUGUGAAGCCAUGAAGGAAAAGGAGGGGCCAAAGGGUGGGACAGAAAAGACAUUGCAGUACGCAGGAAGGCCUUGGUUUGCUCAAAGUACCAGGUGUAGGGAUGAACCUCUGAUGGGCUUUCUGCCCACGACACGGGCAGCCUCCUCACCCCAGCAGAUGUCCAGAGCUGAUUUAGCUGCUGAGCUCUCUGUGUUUUUUGCUUUAAAGAAAAGUUGCCAGCACUCGAACCUCACCAACCUUCCCAUUACCCACAUCUGUAAUUGGUACACUUCGAGUUUUAUAACUAUGCACAUCCUUUGAUUUCUAAACAAGCAAAAGAAAGAAGGAAAACAGAAAGGAGUCCUUUUGGAGACGGCAUACUAUCAGGGAAGGAUAAGUGUGUGUAGUUUUCUUGGCAUCUGCAAAGACGAGCAUUUCAUAAAAUUCACAAAGUGUGUGGAGGACUAACCUCACUGAGAGGAGGGGAUUCCACCUGGGAUUAGCCUUGAUUAUUGAUUGUCUAUUUUGCCGUUUAUAAACUGAAAGAAGGCACUAAAGAUGAGAAUAAUUUAUACAAUAAAAUAUAUUAAAUGUAUAGAAACGAAUUUCUAUAGGUUAAAAAAGUUUUGUGAAAUAUUUUGUAAAGACUAAUUAAUUGAAAGACUAAAUGUAUGCACUAUCAGCAGAUGAUCAAAUUCAAGGACUGAAAGUUGCACUCUCCCUUUUGUUGCCAAUGAUCCAUUAAGAGUACCUAAGUUCCUCCCCAGUCUGACAAAGACUUCUCACUUCUGCCUAUGAUCUCCCCUCCACACCAGUGGUACACUCUCGUGGAGCACAUCCCUUCAUGAGUCGCCCUCAUGGAUAACUUUUUGGAAGACAUUUGAUUAACGCAUUUUUAAGAUGGUGGUCUUUCAGAAACAAUCUCAUGCAAAUUAACUAAAGGGACGUUUUUACUUUUCUCUAGUGAAGUAACCUGGGCCUGCCACAUAAAUAGUUGGAAAUUACUUUGUUCCUACUUAGUUACAUACAGUUCAUAAGAGAUCAUGUAGUAUUUUGGCCAACCGUGAGUAAUUAUAUUAGGAUUAGUAUCAUUUUGUUUCACAGAGUGACAGUUUCCUAACAGCCCGAGACAGUAUUAGAGCCAUGGGGAGACCUGUCCCUAGACGCACUGUUUCUCUGAGGAAGAGAGAGAGAGAGAUGAGAAGUAAAUGGUGGGGGGAGGGGAGGAAGGGGUGCAGACUUUUGUUUCUGUGUACAGAGCAAAGAGAUAGAACCACAAGGAAAGACAAUUAUGACUUUGAGCUUAAUCAACUGAACUGCCUUCCUUGAGGCUGCGCCUGGACCAAGUUUAUUUUUUAAUAAUUAUAAUUAUGAUGAUUUUAAAAAAGAAACCUCCCAAAGCCUAUAAACUGAACCAGAAGAGUUAGUUUCCCACUUUAGAGCUGAUGGCAAUAUCAGCAUUGCUUUUGCCCAAGGUGUUUAGAGAGAGACUUUUCCGUGAUUUCUAUAACCACUCAACUCUGGGUUCUGUGCAUGCCCAGAUUAAGCCCCAUCGCCUUAUUUCUGGGGUACAUCAAGACCUGGCAGGGAUUCUGCCACACUGUGCAGCAAACCAGCAUGUAGGCUGGGGUAGGAGAGCAAGAGAUAGAGCCAUCAGAGUGAUGGGGCUUCUUCACAGUAAGAACAUCGGAGCUCAGAAUGAGAGUCUCUUUCCAAAAUCAAGGGUUAUUCAUCUCACACUAAAUACCAUUGUCUGCCUGGCUGUAGUCACCAAAACAGACAUACACAUACAUACAUACACACACACACACAGGAAAAAAAAAAAAAACAGCAAAAUUAUGCAUUGACUACAAUCUUGAGGCUGCCUUUGCCAAUGGAAGGGCUAGCAAUGCAUUUUCCCUCUAACAAAAGUUAAAUUUUCACAGACUUCCUUAGAGUUCUCAAAAUAUUACAGAUGUGUUCAUGUCUGCAAUUUGCCACUUUCAGGUAAAGGCCUACUUUCAUCAAUAUUGCACCCUGAAGUUUUCUGCCACUCAAAUGCCAUUCCUGAUCCCAGCUCUAUUUUUAGGCCACCAUGAUAACUUCUUUGGUUUCUCAACUGAGCAUGCAACCAUUUAUUUAAAGGACUGUCAUUAAUGAGUAGAUGUUUUCUUAGGUCGUGUGAUGUGCUUUCCAUUUAAUAGUAUUGCUGUGGCUGCAUACAAUCAAAUUGAACCACCAACCCUUUGUUUUGUAGUAAUAUAAUUAUUUAUUUUCUAGUGCAGAUACUUCCAGAUUAGAAUUGGCAUUUGCACUGAUUUUUUAUGUAGAUUUGUAUAAAUAUAUAUACAUAUAUAUUUGCUUGAAGAAUCACCAAGCAAAUUGGUGAGAGGGUCUUUUCCUGUAGAAUUUACACGUCCAUUUGUUGUGUUGUCUUGCGCUGCCCAAUGUUGAGGUCUCUAUGGCUCCAAUGAACUGGUGUAUUUUGCAGCAAAUCUGAUGACUUGUGUGGAAAUGGCCUGAAAGUUACCCAGAUUACGUCUGGUGCGAAUGCACUUGGAGCCUGGAGCCAGACUGGUGCUAACACUGCAAACUUUGUCCAGAGCUCUCUCCAAUAUGAAGGCUUGCUGGGGGCGCAACGUCACCUUCACAUGCUGGGCCCUUUCGGAAAAGUGCCAGAUCGUGUCACUGGUGCUAUUUUUCAUGCUCUGGUACAAUGUGUAGCACCACGGGGGUCUCAGCUUUAAGAAAAUCACAAUCCCUUUUGUCAGCUAAUUGCAGGGGCAUUUGGGUUUUUUUUUUUUUUUUUUUUCCUCUCCUCCCACAAGAUUUAUUGGCCUUUUAUUUGCAGGCCUCUUCUCUCCCAGCCCAAAAUCCUUGAGUUUGCUCUCUCAGCUUGGCGAGCCAUUCUUUAUGAAGCUGUGCUCGGGUGCCUCCGUAAGCUGUCUUAGAUUCUACUGCCAGCCCUUCAGGACUUCAAGCCAGAGAGAAGCUCUCCACACCUCUGGCUCUUGCCUCUUUCCUGCCCCCAUCUUUUCCUCCACUCUCCUAUUUCUCUGUCAUUCUGCGUAUUUUGUUGUGUCCUCCUUUUGUUCUCCCGUCCUAUCUUCUCUGAGUCAUUACUUUCUCUUUUACUCCUGUUCUCUCUGUGUCUCUCUUGUCUCAGGCACUCGUUGCCCUUCUUCUUCUCCUUUUCCUUUCUUGUCCUUUCUCCUCUCUCACGUCUCUGAUCAUGUUCCCCACACCCCGCUCUUUAAUUUUCCUGUCCUAUCAAGGGCUCAUGGCUGAGUCAGACAGCAAGUCCAUACACAGGACUAAUGACACAAAUACUUUGGGUCGCCGUUUCACUUACUCAGCCCCGAAAGCAAAGCUGAGCAUGAGGCCCUGACCUGGAGCCACCUCCAGCACGCCUCCGGGAGCCAGCCUGCACCGCUGCCCCGGCAGCGAUGAUGCAUGUGCUGUGGGCCUCGCGGCACCUGGGUGCCUCUGCCUGGACGCUGGUCCUACACGAGCCCCCUCCCAACACCACGCUGUGGCUCUGAGGACACCCUGCUUUCAACACAGGCAGACUGUGGCCCCAACAACUACCCUGACAGCAAACCACUUCCUUCUCAUUGAAGCCAUGCCAUCACCUUGGUUUGGAGAGAGACCUUUUUCCCCCUUCAUAAGCUUUCUUUUUUCCAUUUUCAUGUGAAGCCCCCUCUGCUUUUCAGCUGGUGACUGCUCUGGUGAGAUUGAAUGGACUCGCUGGUAAAACUGACAUCUCUUUUUUGCUGUCUUGGUCCUGCCUAAAUUCCUACAAAAAACAUUUAAAGCCAAGGACUCAGGCUAGUUCCUAAGUUUAUCAUGAUAAUUUGUCAUUCCUAAAGCGGGGGGAAGGAUCAAUUCCCUUAAAGCAUGUGGAGUAUCUCCUGUGACAACUGAUUUUCCAGGGAACCCCCCUACAGAAUUCUGUGGAUAUACAUUUUACUUAUGUGUAUGUAUGGUAUCUGUGGUAUGCAUAUCAUGUAUACACAUAUUAUGUUGGGUAUGAAUGAAUAUGGUUGAAAACACACACACGCACACACACACACACACACACUUCAGUCUGUAAAUAUCCUUCCUCACUGAAACCUGUGCUUCGGGAAUCAUUUCUUGUACAGCUGUGCAGUUUCUUGUAGCAGCUGAGGACAAACUAAGACAGGCAGACAGUUUAGACGAAGGUUAUCUAAAAGAGUACAGAAUCUCCCCCGGCAACUCGUGAGGACAGACGACCAAGUGGCAAGGUUGACUCCCGAUGGGAUGGCAAACGUUCCUUCUCUCCUUUUUGAAUUUGUGUUUCCUAAGUGUGUCUUCACUUCUGAGUGCACCUGGCUGUACCUGUUAGAUCCUUUCCAAAUGAUGAUUUUGUGCUUCUCACAGGACGUUUCUCGAUGGAGCUGUAGUGCAGGAUGGGAGGGGGGCGAUACUCCUUGCCUGGGCUGGAGUUUACAGAGAUACUGCACAGCUUACACUCCUGUUAAGUGUAAAUAUUCAACACUUCCAUUCCAUUUGUGUAAAAAAUAAAGCACACACGAUUAUAAAAUCAA